AUGAGUGAUGUACCCCACAAAGUAGAUUGGUCAUUAAUAUUUAAUGAUAAAGAUGAGGUCUAUCACACCAUUCAUAAAAUCAUAGAAGCCACACACCAUAAACUUCAUCUUCGUCUUGGAUUUGAGAAGGGGGAGUUGCUAGGACCAGCAAAAAGACAACGUAAGGAGGCGGGUCCUCCAAGACCACAGAAUCCCUACACAAUCUUUGUUCUCGAAGUUAAUACAGACGAUCCUAGUAAUCUCGACAUCCUUUUCGACCUUAACGACGAAACCUUACAGCAAAUGUAUGAAAAUGCGAAAGCGUUUCUCGAGCUCGAAGGUGUCAUCUGCGAAGAGGAAUCCAAAACCUUUGUUGGAAUCAAAAUGGAAGAAACUCGCGACUACAAAACUGUCGAAGAGUCCAUGCCCUCCAUUGUAAGCCACGAAUCUGAGCCAUUCGAAGCUAACGUGGCAGUGGCCUCUACCAAGAAGCGCAAAAAGGAGAGACCCGGCAACAAUACGCGGGGCGACAACAAUGGGAAAAGGUCAAAGUUAAGCGGGGUAGACUACAACAAGUUGGCACGUGUAGUCUGGGACGAGCACUUUGGAUUAAAGAUGUUGUACGAGAUUAUCGCUUAUUAUGGAUUACUUCACCAUAAAGAAAAUAAUCCGGAUUAUAAAUUUACACCCAAAAGGAGAAGCAAAAAUUCUUCAGUCGACCAGAGAAACUCUCGAGAUGGAGAACCCGAUGGUAGCGAUAGUGAAGAGAACGCCAUCCAUCAAGAAUGUUCUUAUAUCGUGCCAGACGUACCAAUGGUACCAACGGACGUUCAAGGUCAUACUUGUAUCCGUGAUAUCUGUGGUCUAAAUGGGCAUGUUGAUCCAGCUGUGAGCUAUGAAUGA